UGCCUGGUUUUGGCCAUUAGGAUGAUCAGUACAUCCUACUUCCCCAUCUCAUGCAAGACUUUGAAACUGUUGCCGAACCCUCCCUACCGUGGCAGACACUCAGUGGAAACAUGAAGGAUUCAGUCAAACUGGUUAUUUGGCAUCGUGCAGACCACUAUUUCCCAAUCUACAAGCGAAUCAUGACAUUUGGGGCGUGAGGAAGACGCCCUGGGUGGUGCCUUAGUGCAGGGUUUCCUCAUUUCCAUGGGCUUCCGGUCUCUCCUCUCUCCAGCUUCUAACUGUCACUGCAACUACAUCUCAUUCUUCAGCCUGAUGUCACAUGCAGAAGUCCGGAGGUUCCUAAUCGGCACGGAGUCUUCGGGAGCAGGGGAAGCUUCCUUAAGUAGGCAUUCGCACGAUGUGGCUGUUUUUCACAACAACCUGUUUGCUCUGUGGAACUUUAAAUGCUGGUAGCUUCUUUAAUUUGGAAAAUGAAGCGAAUCCUGAAGUGUGGAUGAAUAUUAGCGAGAUCAUCACCUAUAAUGGCUACCCCAGUGAAGAGUAUGAAGUCACCACUCAAGACGGGUACAUCCUCAGCAUCAAUAGAAUCCCCCACGGGCGAAGAGAUGAUAGAAGCACAGGUCCCCGGCCAGUUGUGUACCUGCAACACGCUUUGUUUGCAGACAAUGCCUCUUGGCUUGAGAAUUAUGCCAAUGGCAGCCUUGGAUUCCUCCUAGCAGAUGCAGGUUACGAUGUCUGGAUGGGAAACAGUCGGGGAAACACUUGGUCAAGAAGACACAAGACGCUCUCAGUGACUGAAGAAAAAUUCUGGGCCUUUAGUUUUGAUGAAAUGGCCAAAUACGAUCUUCCAGGAAUAAUAGACUUCAUUGUAAAUAAAACUGGUCAGGAGAAGCUGUAUUUCAUUGGACACUCCCUUGGCACGACAAUAGGGUUUGUAGCCUUUUGCACCAUGCCUGAACUGGCACAAAGAAUCAAAAUGAAUUUUGCCUUGGGUCCUGUGGUCUCAUUCAAAUAUCCCACGGGCAUUUUUACCAGUUUUUUUCUACUUCCAAAUUCCGUAAUCAAGCGUUUUUUUGGUACCAAAGGUUUCUUUUUAGAAGAUAAGAUGGGCAAGGCACCGUCUACCAAAAUCUGCAACAAUAAGAUAUUAUGGGUGAUAUGUAGUGAAAUUAUGUCCUUAUGGGCUGGAGCCAACAAGAAAAAUAUGAACGUGCUUUACCGAUCAGAUGAAUUCAGGGCGUAUGACUGGGGAAGCGAAGCUGAGAACAUGCAUCACUACAAUCAGAGCCGCCCCCCACUCUAUGACUUGACCACCAUGAGAGUGCCUACCGCUAUUUGGGUUGGGGGCAAUGACGUCCUUGUAACGCCCCAGGAUGUGGCCAGGAUACUCCCCCAGAUCAGGAAUCUCCGUUACUUCGACCUGUUGCCUGAUUGGAACCACUUUGAUUUCAUCUGGGGCCUCGACGCUCCUCAGCGUGUGUAUAGGAAAAUCAUAGACUUGAUGAAGUCAUACUCCUGACGCAUGCAUUUCUGGGCUCAAAGUUGCAUGCAAGCCCGUGAGAGGCUCUGGAAAAGAGACUAAUCAUCAGGAAAGUCUUCUCUAGGCUCGUUCGCCUCGUUGCUGUUGCCGAGAUGCUCCCCUUAGCUGACAUCCAAGCAAGAAUUAUUUCAACUGUCCUGUUCUUUCUGUAAGAAAUGUGCACACCCUCCAAAUCCCUUCCCCUCCGUCAAGGGUAGGCCCGAUUUUCCCUCUCUGCUAACUGUACACUUGGGAGAGUGGUUCAAAGAGGACUUUUUCUUUCCUAGUUAAAGUAAAAUUUCCCGAAAGGAAAAGCUCUGUAAAGGCAGCCACUUGGGAAUGUACUUGGGGUGACAUAGGGCCAUACGUUAGGGCCAUAGUCAUUAUGGCUAUCUGUAAACAAGCCACGAGAUAAGGCCCAGCCCACAUCAAGCAUGAAAGAAAACAGCAGACUAAGAAAACUAACAAAAUUUAAGUAUUCUGGGAGCGCAUUUUACCAUUCCAAGCAAAGAAUGAAAAGAGAGGGAGACAAAACUGGGAAUGAGCAGGUGAGAUAAGCUGAAUUACUGAUUACUCUUAAGUUAGAACCCAUGAGAAAAAUUCUCUCUUCUUUUGCUCUAAAGAGAAGCUAAACCGAUCACUACUGGUGACUUCAUUGUCGAUGUGGACUUUACACUAAUGCCUGCUAACAAGAGACAUUUAAAGCAUCUUCCGGAAAACCUAUUUGAGAAGCCCCAAGGGAGGCACAGGAAUAUUCUAAGUCUUGCUCUCCUUCACUCUCUAAAUGAUGCCAGACAUUGAUUCUAGGAUUAAGUACAGAGUUCCAACAGUAGCGUGAAGUUCAGUUGCAAAAGUUCUGGACCUUCUAUGAUAAUGUCGUUAACGUAAAACUGUUUACGAUCCUCAAGGAAUCAUAAAUAAAUGAUACACAUGCAUACCUCCCACAGUUUAUUUAAACUUAAAACAGGUAAAUGUAGAUUAGGUCACUGAUAUUUGCACGUAGGAUCGGGGUUUUGGGGAUGUCAAAUGCCACAUCAUCAUUCUUCAAUAAAUAAUCCAUAAUUCAUGAUUUUUAA